GAUCUAUCCUUUUUCUGUUUUCCUUCAGGGCAUUUUAGAACGCUAUGGAAAAACUUCUGUAGACGUUGUGAUCCCGAAUUCCAAAAUCAAAGAAACCCUCGGAUUUGCAGCGCACACUUCGAGGCUUCAUCCAUCAAAAAGUCGCUUUGCGGAAGAAAAGAAGUUAUUCCAGGUGAAUUACCGAAAUAUUUUAAUCCCUCGACCCACCAAUGUCGUGUUUCUUCCCGUGAAAAGAGACUGGAGGACAGAAAGAGACGUGCUGUUGAUGAAAAACGUCCUGAACCUCAAAAGAGAAGCCUUACCGAGGAAGACAAAGACAUUUGUUUCUUAAGCGACGAUGCAGCCCUUUUAGAUCACAAUUAUUGCCACCUUCUUCCUAACGACAAAGGAACUCAAACGGACUUUCCUUACGAAGAUCUAGAGGUUUUAACCAGUAAAAUUGACGCUUUAAAACAAGAGAACGCCGAACUUAAAUCAAAGUUAUCAAACAAAAAACAAUUGAAAAGAGAGCUCUUUGUGGAUGAUGUUUUGAAAGAUGACGAGUCUGUCAAAUUUUUUACAGGUAUACCUAGCCUUGCUUGCUUUAUGAUGAUAUUUAAUUUGCUCAAGCCGUUUGCAGAAAAACUUAAGUAUUGGGACAAAAACAAAGAAAAAAAAAAAAUAAGCUAUCAAAAGAUUCAAGUAAAAAAAAAGCCUGGAAAGCAAAGAUUAUUGACCAUUAUGGAGGAAUUUAUCUUAACUUUGGUGAGACUCAGACUUGGGCUUUUAAGCAGACAUCUUACAGAUAUCUUUGGAGUAUCAGAAGGAUCAGUUAGCAAAGUUUUCACAACGUGG